GGUUUACUUUUUGUUGCUCCCCCUCCCAUAGCUAGCCAACGUCACAACAAAAUCCCGGAAGUGUCAGUCUGAAAACAGACCCGUCGCCGUUAGCUAGCUGAGUGUUUCAAAAUCUAUUUGCUAAAUCGUUGCAUUUUAAAGAGUUUAUACAAACGAAAUACUCCUAUUUAUCUUUUAGAAAAUGGGAACCAGAGAUGAUGAAUACGAUUAUCUGUUUAAAGUGGUUCUGAUAGGAGACUCGGGUGUUGGCAAGAGCAACCUGCUCUCUCGUUUCACCCGGAAUGAGUUUAACCUGGAAAGUAAGAGCACCAUUGGAGUGGAGUUUGCCACCCGCAGUAUCCAGGUGGAUGGGAAAACGGUGAAGGCUCAGAUCUGGGACACGGCAGGACAGGAGCGCUACCGGGCUAUCACCUCGGCGUACUACAGAGGCGCGGUGGGAGCCCUGCUGGUCUAUGACAUCGCCAAGCACCUGACCUAUGAAAAUGUGGAGCGGUGGUUGAAAGAGCUGAGAGACCAUGCAGACACCAACAUCGUCAUCAUGCUGGUUGGCAACAAGAGUGACCUGCGUCACCUCCGGGCCGUGCCCACCGACGAGGCUCGGGCUUUCGCAGAGAAAAACGGUUUGUCUUUCCUUGAGACGUCAGCCCUGGAUUCCACCAACGUUGAAACGGCUUUCCAGACCAUUCUGACAGAAAUCUAUCGAAUCGUCUCUCAGAAGCAGAUGUCAGAGCGUCAGGAGAGCGACAUGUCUCCUAGCAACAAUGUGGUCAACAUCCAGGUGCAGCCCACUGAGAACAAACCAAAGAUGCAGUGCUGUCAGAACAUCUAGCCCCGCCCAUGUUACCACUACACCUCUACCCCCUUAUAUACCCUGUACCCCCACCUCUACCCCCUUAUAUACCCUGUACCCCCACCUCUACCCCCUUAUAUACCCUGUACCCCCACCUCUACCCCCUUAUAUACCCUGUACCCCCACCUCUAUCCCCUUAUACCCUGUACCCCCACCUCUACCCCCUUAUAUACCCUGUACCCCCACCUCUACCCCCUCAUAUACCCUGUACCCCCACCUCUACCCCCUCAUAUACCCUGUACCCCCACCUCUACCCCCUAACCCCUCAUAUACCAUCUAUCCCCUAACCCCUCAUAUACCCUGUACCCCCACCUCUACCCCCUAACCCCUCAUAUACCCUGUACCCCCACCUCUAACCCCUCAUAUACCCUGUACCCCCACCUCUACCCCCUAACCCCUCAUAUACCCUGUACCCCCACCUCUACCCCUCAUAUACACCCAUCUUGUUUUAGCUCGCCCGGUGCCCCGGUUGGGUGGAGAUUCCACUUUAGAACCAAUUAAAUGGUCUUUCAAAUGUGUGAGUUUGGCCCACCCGGCUCUCAGGGUUAGGUUAACCAGAUGCACUCACUUACUCAGUCUCAUAGGAGUAGUCCCCUCCUCCAUUCUCUCCUCUCUCUCCCCAUUCCCUCUCUCCCUCCCUCCUCCACUCCCUCUCCUCUCCCCACUCCCUCUCUCCUCCUCUCCCCAUUCCCUCCCUCCCUCUCCUCUCCCCACCCUCCCUCCCUCUCUCCUCCUCUCCCCAUUCCCUCUCUUCCUCUCUCCCUCCUCCACUCCCUCUCCUCUCCCUCCCUCCCUCCUCCACUCCCUCUUCCUCCCUCUACCUCCCUCCCUCUCUCCCUCCCUCUCUCCUCCUCUCUCCCUCCCUCCUCCACUCCCUCCCCUCUCCCCACUCCCUCCCUCCCUCCAACACUCCCUCUUCCUCCCUCCCUCUCCCUCCCUCUCUCCUCCUCUCCCUCUCUCCUCCUCUCCCUCCCACCCUCUCUCCUCCUCUCCCUCCCUCCUCAACUCCCUCUUCCUCUCUCCCUCCUCCUCUCCCUCCCUACUGAUCAUGAUCUGAGAAGCCUAGUCAGUGUCUGGAGUCGUGUUCCCCAGCGGAGCCUUUUCAGACAGGAAGUCAUUUAUAUUUCUCACUUAGAUGUAAUACUGUUGAUGCGCUGACAUGUCUUACACAGAAAUGUCUUAAUAUAUUCAUCAGAAUUUUUUUUUUUUUAAAUCUUCUUCAUUUUCUUCAAUUUAUGACUUUUCCAUUUUGUGUGUUCCUCCAUUAUAAUUUUUUACCUUUGUGUUUUUUUAAAUGUUUUUUGUUUGUCUUCAAAUAUUGUAUCAUAUUUCCUACUAACGUGUAUGUAUUUAAAGCACACUGAGAAUGCUCUGAUGUGUACCUGUCUACGACCCCCCCCCCCCCCCCCCCCUCCCUCCCAUCAGUUAGCCCCGCUCCCUCCCUCUCUCUUUAGUAUAAUGUCAUGUUUGACAACGGUAGGGUUUUUUCCAAACAUGUGGAUGUAUUUAAGCACAGUGUACUAGAUAGAAUGUAUGCUCCCUGGUCCCUGUCGAUAGGUGGAGUUUGACAACUGAUCUGAUUGCUGUAAAUAGCUUAAGUAAAAACUUGUGGCAUUAGAUCUGUUUUGAGGAUGGCUUCAACCAUGCCAAUGGACAGACAGGGCAGGCAUCAAAGUACCUAACACGUAGAGGAACAACAGCUUUGUAAAAAAACACUUUUUAAACGUGUCCCAAAUGGAGCCCUAUGCCCUACCAUAUAUAGUGCACUACUUGUGACCAGGACCCAUAGGCUUCCAUUUGGGACACAUAUAUUCGUCACUUUGUUUACAGUCAGUCUGUGGCAGGUUAGCUUAGCAUGUUAUGAUGAUGAUGAUGAUGAUGAUGACGAUGAUGUCACUUCAUGGCACCGCUUUGCUGCCUCGCAUGUUUUUUAUCUUGGUUUAAAAGAUGACGAGUUAUCGUAACUCUGACUGAGUUAUCGUAACUCUGACUGAGUUAUCGUAACUUUGACUGAGUUAUCGUAACUCUCUGACUGAGUUAUCAGUACUCUGACUGAGUUAUCGUAACUCUCUGACUGAGUUAUCAGUACUCUCUGACUGAGUUAUCGUAACUCUGACUGAGUUAUCGUAACUCUCUGACUGAGUUAUCAGUACUCUCUGACUGAGUUAUCGUAACUCUCUGACUGAGUUAUCAGUACUCUCUGACUGAGUUAUCGUAACUCUCUGACUGAGUUAUCGUAACUCUCUGACUGAGUUAUCGUAACUCUCUGAGUUAUCAGUACUCUCUGACUGAGUUAUCAGAACUCUCUGACUGAAUUUAUCAGAGUUAUCAGUACUCUCUGACUGAGUUAUCGUAACUCUGACUGAAUUUAUCACUGAGUUAUCGUAACUCUCUGACUGAGUUAUCGUAACUCUCUGACUGAGUUAUCGUAACUCUGACUGAGUUAUCGUAACUCUGACUGAGUUAUCGUAACUCUGACUGAGUUAUCGUAACUCUGACUGAGUUAUCGUAACUCUGACUGAGUUAUCGUAACUCUCUGACUGAGUUAUCGUAACUCUCUGACUGAGUUAUCAGUACUCUCUGACUGAAUUUAUCAGAGUUAUCAGUACUCUCUGACUGAGUUAUCGUAACUCUCUGACUGAGUUAUCGUAACUCUCUGACUGAGUUAUCGUAACUCUCUGACUGAGUUAUCAGAACUCUCUGACUGAACGUGGAACACUACCAUUGCCCAGAGCAUGCAGUUGGCUAGACGGUAAGCCGUGGUGAAAUAAUAUAGAAGUUUAUCCAUGAAACAUUUCUGAACUCUCUUGGAUAAAUUGAGCGUACAUAGUUACAGACGUCUUUAAAAACAUAGGCGGAGAUGUCUGUAACAGGAAGUGACAUUAUAGUCAGUCAGGGAGGUCAUUCCAUUUCAAUUCAGAAAAUAAACCAUCAUUCCAAUUGCACAUUUUCCUCAUUGGA